AUGCAUGAAGAUUAUAAAUUAUAUGCUAAUCUAUCCGCUGGACAAACUGACAGUGAAAGAGCAAAACUUGAUAAAAUCCUGAGCAAGACAUUAGCAUCGUCUAUUGAAGACAGCAAACCAACGUUUCAAAAAUUAUUCAAGCUCCUUUCAGAGAUAGCAUAUCGUUGGGAGAUACUUGGUGGUUUCCUCGGUGUCUCGUCCAGCGUAUUGGGUAAAUUAGCUGAACAGCCAGGAAGGGAUCCUAAGCCAAAACUUAACAGGGUACUGCAAUGCUGGCUGAACAAGGAAACUUCUUUUCCAACAUGGAGAGAAGUGAUUGAUGUCCUCGACAAUCACAUGGGAAAUGGGGAUAUAGCGCGUAAUGUUAGAUCUUCACUUGGUAUAAAAAAGACGUAGGAAUUGUGUCUUUGUUACACAAAACUUUCUUUUUUAAUGUACCGUAGUUUUUAUAACUAAUCAUAAGAUUCUGAUUAUACAAACAAUUAAUUGUUUAAUUUUGCUACUAUUUUAACACUACAAGCAUAAUUUUUAUAAUUUUAAUAGUUAAUAUUUUAUAGUUAGUCUUUUCUUUUCUAUAGUUAGUCUUGCCAUUUUUACAAUGUUGCUCCCUUCCUAUUAUCUACAAA